ACAAUAACCUCCAUAUGUGCAUAUAGUGGGGUUACCCUCCAGUGUUUACAUAUCGGAACUUCGUACGUAUUGGGGCCGACUAAGGAAUCUCAUCUUCUUUCAGUAUAUUCAACGAGAUGCCAGCAGACGACUACGCGCCCGUAGGCGGGGGCGGUGCUCUCAAGCUGAAAGGCGGAAAGGUACAGAAAAAUAAGAAGAAAAAUAAGACCAAGGCAAACCUCGAACAUUCCCUCGCCGUAGAGCAUUCCACUACUAAGGAAGGGAAAGAAGCUAAGGAAGUCGACAAGAAACGGCAAGACGAUGGAGAUGAUGUGGAUAUAAUUGAGCAUAAAACGGAAGCCGAACGCCGCCACGAGGAAGCAAACAGGAAGAAGAUGUUGAAAAUGCUCGAGGAUCCCAAGGUGGCUUCCGAAUUUCGCAAGACUCAUAAGGAGAGAGUUGAGGGUCUCAACACGUACCUCUCCAAGUUGAGCGAACACCACGAUAUGCCCAAGAUUGGCCCCGGUUAAUCUAUCUCCUCCGAUGACUUGGAAUUGGUGAAGUGAUACGACGCUGAAGAGAAGAGAAGAGAAAAGAAGAGUUACUGUUUCUAUAACAUUGGAGAAUACCCCAACGAUACGGCGUUUAUGGAGUUUACUCUUAGCUUGUAAAUACCAUCACUGCACAUUAUCCUGAUCAUCUAAAUUGCGUCAGCCUCGCCGAUGAACUUGUCGAUAGUAAAAUCACGCCAUUAAGCAUGAUUUCUCGUCGCCUGGGUCACGGGAAGGUCUAUAUCUGCGACUAGCCCGCAUGGAUUAUUAUUACUAGUGUUCUUACGCAUGCCCUCUAUUAUAACCAACCCAAAACAUAGAUAGCUACCUAGGCAGGUGUAUACGCUGUUCGUUUUUUAUAUCCCCCAAUUCAGAUUGCAUAACCCAAAAAAUCAGUGUAGCGUAGCCAAUUUCGUUAGAUUCGUCAAUAGCCGCAAGGCCUUGCGCGCUCUGAGCUGACCCUUUCUCUAUUACUCUUCCCUGUUGAUCCAAAUGAAUGUAGAUGCCGUCAAAAUCCCAUGUAUGCAACAAUGCUCGCCCUAGUCAUGCUAC